AUGGAAAAGCUCAGCUCGAGUCCCCGAAUUGUGGACAUGUAUGGUUACUGUGCCUCUUCGAUAGUUGCCGAAGCCAUGCCGACAGACAUUACGACUCAGCUUGUGCCCGGCGAUAAGGACCAAUACGACCGUGGUCGCAUGAAACAGAAAGAUCUCGACAAACUACAAACAACGGAUGUUUACCCACUCAACAACUUCACUGCCAUUGAAAAGCUGAGCCUAGCUUUGACAAUGGCCGAAAGUUUAGCCGAUUUGCAUGGUUUCGAAGGUGGCGUUAUUGUGCACGGAGACUACCAUCCGGACCAGCACCUGCUGUCCGACAAGGGCCAACUAAAACUCAACGAUUUUAACAAUGGUGAAUUCCUCCACUGGAACGACGUGGACGAAAGGUACUGCUACUAUUCCAGGCAAUUUGGUGGAACGUACAAGGCACCGGAAGAAUUCUCCGGAGGCUACUGUAAUCAAGAAGUCGAUACCUGGAGUUUCGGCAACAACAUAUACGGCUUACUGACUGGUCUCUACCCUAUGUACGAAACAUACAGUCACUCCGAAGUUCGGGAACGCUUUUUGAACCACGAGUUGCCCUACGUGGAUCCACGGUACCGCAGUCGUAGUUAUAUUGAAGGGCGGCUAGUGGAAAUAAUGGAAAAAUGCUGGGCGUACGAGCCCGAGGAUCGCGCUUCCAUUUUUGACGUGGUGAUCUUCCUCCAGGAAACCCUAAGGAAGCACGAAGCAGAGCAACGAGAGCUUUUGAAGAAACACGGUGCACAUCAACAAGUUUAA